AUGUCGCUCCUCACGUCUUGCUUAUUUACAGCGCUCUUGACCGGAUGUACCGCCGCUCAGGGCUCGUCUGCCAUCACCGACCCAUUGCAAUACGUAGAUCAACUCAUCGGGACGGCGAAUGGAGGCAAUGUCUUCGGAGGAGCGAGUCGGCCAUACGGGAUGGCGAAAGCAGUAGCGGACACCGACUCCGAAUCAUCGCAAGGCGGUUUCGAAUACAAAGCUGAUGCCAACAUCACUGGCUUUUCGAGUAUGCACGACUCGGGAACCGGUGGUUCUCUCUCACUCGGUCUCUUUCCUCUCUUCCCCUUUGCCUCCUGCCCAAACGAUGAGAUCAACAACUGCGCCUUCCCCAAAAAGUCUCGAAAGACGGCCUACGUGAACAGCUCCGUCACGGCCUCGCCCGGCUACUUUAGCAUACAACUUCAAAACGGCGUGCAAACCGAAAUGGCCGCCUCUGACCACGCGACUCUCUUCCGAUUCAACUUCCAGAACAACACUGGCGGCAGCCCACUCGUUCUCCUCGACCUGACCGAUCUUUCGGACUCCCGCUUGGACAAUGGCACGGUCUCCGUGGACGCAAACACAGGCCGCAUGACUGGCGGUGCUCGCUUCAAACCGUCCUUCGGUCAAGGCGACUACGAAACAUUCUUCUGCGCGGACUUCGAAGGCUCUGGGAUGCGUGACAACGGCAUCUUUGUUGACAGUCGAGCUAGCGCGGAUGUCAAAGAUUUGAAGAUCUCGAGGGGAAUCAACGGCUUUCCUCUGCCCGGUGGUGCCUUUGUUCGCUUCACCUCUGGAUCUUCCAUCACCGCGCGAGUUGGUCUGAGUUUCAUCAGCAGCGAGCAGGCGUGUCAAUUGGCGGAAUCCGAGCUACCAGACUUUGACCUGGAGUCUACGCGCAAGACAGCCGAGGACAUCUGGAGGGAGAAAUUGAGUGGCAUCACGGUCGAGACCGCUGGAGUUGACAAGUCGCUGCUGACGAACUUUUACUCGGGAAUCUACCGCACGAUGAUCAAUCCGCAGAACUAUACAGGUGUGGUUCCUGUGGUCGAUGCAAACACCAUCUAUUUCGACAGCUUCUAUUGUAUUUGGGACCUAUUCCGAUCCCAAUUUCCCUUCCUUAUCGUCAUCGAUACACCCGCCGUGGAGCAGAUGUUGCAAGGACUGCUCAACAUAUAUGAAAUUCAAGGCUGGCUGCCUGAUUGCCACAUGACGCUGAAUAAAGGCUACACGCAAGGAGGGUCCAAUGCCGACGUUGUGAUGGCGGACGCUUACCAGAAGAUCAAUUCGUCGAAGAUCGACUGGCAUAAGGUGUACGAGGCUGUUGUGAAGGACGCUGAAGAAGAGCCAUUUGAUUGGUGCUGUGAAGGUCGUGGAGGCCUAGACUCGUGGAAGUCGCUCAACUAUAUCCCAGUCCAGGACUUUGAUUACAAAGGCUUCGGGACGCACACUCGAUCUGUCUCCCGCCACCUCGAGUACUCCUACAAUGACUUCUGCAUUUCGAAGAUCGCCGAAGGCUUGGGCAAUAUCGGAGACAAGGAGAAGUACGAAGCAACCUCUCAAUACUGGUUCAACCUCUUCAAAGCCGACCAGACCUCCAACCUGCCCAUCAACUCCUCCACGUCUACCGGCUUCGUCGGCUUCUUCCAGCCCAAAUUCCUCAAUCAGACUUGGGGCUUCCAAGAUCCGCUCGCCUGUUCGAAUAUCGACGAGAACCCGGAUAAGAUCUGUUCUCUUCAGAACAACGCUGUGGAAACGUUUGAAAGCUCAAUCUGGGAGUAUGGCUUUUAUGUUCCGCACGACCAGGCACGCUUAAUCACCGCGCUUGGUGGACCGAGCACUUUCGUUCGCCGGCUGGACUAUAUGCAUGAUCAGAACAUCACGUAUAUUGGCAAUGAGCCGGCUUUCCUCACUGUGUUCCAGUACCACUACGCAGGCCGUCCCGCCCUCUCCGCCAAGCGCGCCCACUUCUACAUCCCCAAAUUCUUCGCCCCCACAAUCGAUGGCCUCCCCGGCAACGACGACUCCGGCACCAUGGGCGCCUUCCUCGCCUUCGCCAUGAUGGGUCUCUUCCCCAACCCGGGCCAAAACGUCUACCUCAUCACUCCGCCCUUCUUCGAGAGCGUGAACAUCACUAGUCCCGUCACCGGUAAGGUGGCGACGAUUAGGAACGUCAACUUCGAUGCGACGUACCAGAGUAUCUUCAUUCAGUCGGCGACGUUGGAUGGAGAGCCGUAUACGAAGAACUGGAUUGGGCAUGAUUUCUUCACCGAGGGGAGGGAGUUGGUAUUGACUUUGGGGAAUAAUGAGAGUGAUUGGGGAACGAAGGUGGAGGAUCUGCCGCCUAGUUUGAGUGAGUAUUCGUUCUAG